AGCGUGUAGAAUUCCACCACAAUCAGGAAAGUUAUUCGUCUUCAAGCAAAUCGAGCAAAAGUCCAGCAAUCAAUCGAAACGGCACGCGAUAACCACAAUCAUGCCGCAAGGCGAUAUCGGCAGGAAUGAGAAUUCUUUUAUAUCCAAGCUCAUCCCAUUCAUCACGACGGUAGUUCUCUACUUUUCGCUCAUUCAACACACCGAGCGUAGCAGCACGCCUUCGACGGUGUUGAAAUGUAUGCCAAUAUUCAGCCUACUGUUCUUCGUCGCUUUGACCGACAUGAGCAACUCCAAAGCGAAGCGAUAUCAGAGGCGCAUUUUGUAUGGACUGCUAUUUUCUUCGUUGGGUGAUUUUUUGCUGAAUUACGAGCUGUUUGAGGCCGGAAUGGGCGCUUUCGGAGUUGCUCAAAUAUUUUACAUCUUGGCGUUCGGUAUGAACCCGUUGAAAAUCUGGAUCGGUCUUGUCUUAUAUGCGUGUGGAUUUAUGGCAACCUCUCUUUUCUUCGGAAACCUUAACUCAGUGAUAAAGAUUUGUCUUCCAUUUUAUGCGGUGUUACUACUGACCAUGUGCUGGAGAUCGUUGGCCAGAAUUGAAAGUUCACGAAACCGGCUGCGAAUGCUGUGUGGUGUUAGCAGCGUGUUGUUUGUAAUAUCCGAUGGUAUUAUUGCGUUUGAUAAGUUCUUCGUACCAAUCCAAGCGGCACAGACAUAUAUUAUGGUUACAUACUAUCUCGCGCAAGUUGGAAUAACACUAAGUAUAAGCGAUGUACAAUUGAGCGAAACGUCGAGUAGCUCUAAAAUUUCGACGCAGUCCAACAACAAAAGCAUGAAAACUAAAUCUUCUUAGAUUCUGAGUUGAUUAUAAAAAAAUCGUCGUUAACAAAAAAUAGUGUUGUAGCAAAAGAAUACUGAAUCUGUGAUUCUGCAUCUUCCUAUGGAUUGGAAAAUUCUUCUAGAUAUCAGAAUAAUAUUUUUGUUCAGGAGAAAAUAAAUAGACUGGUUUUAAAUACGUUCAUAACAACCAAAAAAUGUGCUAAAUAGUUCAAACAAAGAACGUCUGUUGUUUAUUAUAUAACACUUUGUAUAUCAAAUAUCUGUGUGGUAUAUACAUUACAUUAUUUUGAAUAUGAAAAUAAAAUGAUUUA